GCGGGUCCAAAGCCGUUGCGAAGACGCAGCGUCAUUAUCAACAAACUUUUGAAAUGGCAGUUAGGUGAAAUGCAGGGAUAGUUAGGUCUUGUAGCAGUUACAUGUACCAGUAAAUGAAAAGUUAAUUUUAAUUUAGAACAAUUAUUAUUUAUGCAAGCCGAAUGUUGUGUUGGGGAGGUUACAGGCCUAGCUAGCUGUAACCUAUGGCGGACCAGUUUAAGCAAUAGUCUAGCGAGGAAUAAACUUAAAUUAGCUAACGUUAGACAGUACAUUAGCUAAUGGCUCUAUAGUUAGCCAGCUGGAUAGCUAGACAGUAAAUUAAGUUAUGCGAUGCAUAGUUUGCGAAAACUAUGAGUCGAAGAAAGGAUCAUGCAAAGAGCACGAGCAAAGAAAUGGCUCAACAGGCUGCACGUGGAAGCAAGCCCAUACCGGUUCGACCGAUUAAACCCAAAAACCUGAGACUAGUAGUUGACUAUAAAGUUUUAGCCGAGAGGAACCAGGCUGUGAUGCCGGUAGGUGCCUGGGUGGAAAGCGGACAGGACUGCCAGGUGCAUCCUUCUCUCCGCGCAGUUCUGACGGAGGAACAUGAGGAUGCGCUGUGUAGGGAGAAGGAGGAGAGUUUGCGCAGGUUUCAGGAGUCUGUGCGCAAACGCGUGGCGCAACAGGCCCGCGUUCGGAAGAGACAGCAGUUGCAGAAGUCCUAUCAGACGGUGGAGGAGGAGGGCAGGGUGCUGCACCAGUCCAGUACUGCCGCACGGCGGCUCACGCCCAGGAAGAACGUGUUCCCCUCCGGGCCACAGGGGGAGCUAGCUAUCUGCAGCCCCGGCUCGCGCUGGGUCAGCGCCCAAGGGCUGGAUCCCAGCGAUGCAGAUGAGGCUGGAACGCAGCACACGCACCAGCUCGUCAAGGUGACUAAGCAGGUGCGGCGCAGGCUGGCGUCCUGUCAGACGGUGUCGCCCGGGGCGGAGGCGUCCGAGCUUCCCGGGGGUCUCUGGAAGGUGUCUCCAACCAGAGACAAACCGACGUCUCGCCUGCAGGGAUCGGCCGGGGCUGACCAGGGGGCGGAGGAAGACGAGGAGAUCCCUCUGAUUGGCCAGCACGACCGGCCGCUCGGCCUAGAGGACCCUGCCUCUUCCGAGGGCCAAAACAGCAGGACAGCGACCUUCCGACGUGGGCCGGUGUGCGAGAGGCUGCUCAGAGAGCCGUACCCCACAGGCCCCAGUCCCGGGUUCGGCACUGACUACAGGGCCUCCCAGAUACUGUGGCCUGGGGAGGACCAGGAGGAGCUGAAGAGACAGCGCCAGUCUCAGUUCCUGAUGUACCGGCGCCUCUUCAUGGACAUCGAGAGAGAGCAGGUUAAGGAGCUUUGUCGUCACAGGAAGCAUCUGAAGAGGAUCGCUAGGAUAAAGGCUGAGAAAGAGCAGCAGAGGACAGAGGAGGAGAGAAGGAUAGAGAGCUUGAAGAAUCUGAAUGAAGAAAGAAUGGAGAUGGCUGAGAGGGAGCACCGAAACGUGGAAGAAUUGAGGACGAGGGAAAUGGAGUCGGCGGAGGAGACCGAGAGGAAGAGGAGAGCGCGGAAGGACAGAGAGGCCACAAGGUUCGUCGAGGCUCUGCGGGUGCAGAUGGAGCAGCGGAUGGCGCUGGAGAAGGUGGAGUUGCCCCCCCCUCUGUUGCUGUGGCGACAGCUUCUGGGACUCGCACCCGGACACCUGUGCAAACAACUGUGUCUUCUACAACAACCCCAAAGCUUACGCCCACGCGCUGCAGUCGGUCUUGUUCAGCUGCGAGCUCAGGGAGGGAUACCUCAGUCACCGGGCCUCUGCCAGGAAGAUCGCAUCGGCGCACGCGCUCUCUCCCAGGAAGUGAACGGACCCCGCCAAAGAACCCCACAGCCAAAGUCACAGCGCAUUGUAGUGUGAUUGUAAUUGAAAAAAAAACAAAAAACAAAAAUGGCUGUAUUGACGGCUGUAUUUUAUUUUUAUUUUUUUACUGAUUCAGGAAUCCCUUGUGAAAACCAAUGCUAUUCUCAAGUUUUUUGUUUUUUUUCUUCAGUUCUGAAUGUGAACAAGCCUUUCCACAUUCUACAGAUUUUUAAAUAACAGAAUUCCCGCAUCCCGUGCCUUCACUGCUGAUUUGCUUUGAUGACGUUAGUUGAAACUAAAUGUAUAGAAUCGACUAUGCUUAUUUGUUAGUCUAAUGAGUUGAGGGAAGUUGUGCCAUGUUUAUCAGGCUUGGAUGUAUACUGAUUUGACCUUCAUUCUGACAGGUUUACAUUUGUUUUUAAGUGGAAAUAUAUUUGGACACAAAAUGAGUGGCAAUGAACUGCGUAAAACAAUGUUCUGAACUAGCUGGCCGAAAAUUUUGCCUGAAGAAAAUAAAUAUGCUUGUAUGGGAGUAUAUUGAUGCGACGUUUCUGUAAAUGUGAAGCGUUUCUAUGCAUUUUAUUUUGCUUGUGUUGUGCUUUGUUGAAUGAAAUUGUACAGUGCAAACUAGCCACAUCAUUUGAUGGAGUGUCCAUUGUUUAUCCAGAUUUAUUCAGUAUUUUUAUUUAUUUUACACUUAAUAAAGACCUUUUGAAAGAAUA